AUGGCGGAAUUUGCUCUGAUGAUCGCUGAAGAAUAUUCCAGGCAGCGCGACUUGCAGAAGCCAAAAUUUGAAAAAGAUAAUGCCAGCUCUCAGUCUGAAUCGCAAAUGGCAGCGCUAAUGAGGCGGUUUAAAGACGGAGUUUCAGAAUAUAUUGAAGCCUCAACUGUUAAAGUCGCUUGGGAGCAACCGGCGGAUACCACUGCAGAGAGAUUUGGGACUUACAAAGAAAAAUCACUACAAAUCCACUCUGAGUUGCAGAGACCAGUGAUUGCAAAGAAGAUAAGGAAGGAGGUAGAAGCAUUCACUGAGCAUGCAAGAUUUACAAAAGAACAGAUAGCAACGGCAAGCGAAAAGCAUGCAACAGAGCAAGGUGAAGUAUCAAAUGUACCUACCGAUACCCCUACCACUACUCCUACUGGUAAGACUAGAGCUACAAAAGCCAAGGCAGCAAAAAAGAAGAUGGAAGAAGACAAACUGGCUGAAUCACAAAGAGAUGUAUUUGAUGUUGAUGUUCAAAUGUUUAAACAACAUGAGCAACAAGAGGAACAAGUGGAGAAGAAAACUGAAGGAAAGAGCUCUAAUGAGCCACCGAUGAACAUGCAACCUAAUGAUACAAAAACUCCAUCAGUAAGUGCAAAUGUAAAUAUUGAUGACAAUCAAAAGGAAAACACUGAUGAAAAUACUGAUGAGGAAGUACCGAUGAAUGAACAAAAUGUGGAAACUAAACCACCACCGAUCAAGGACACCACAGAAGAAGAUAAGACCGAGAAGGAGAAAACAGAGAAAGAAAAAGCAUAG